AUGCACCGUGAAACACUCUCUCGGAAGUUUCAAGUGCUAGCAGCUACGAUUUCAUUCUUGUUCGUGCUUGUGCACCAUAAUUAUGUGUUUGCAGAUGUUCGCGUGGAUCUUGAGCUGGCUGAUCAGCUUCCACCUCUUGCCCAUGCAGACAACAAGUAUCAUUGGCAAUUCUCAUCAGAAACAUUUAAUACGGAUGAGACUGGCGAUCUAACGUAUGAGAUCAAAGGUCUCCCGGGCUGGGCCCAUUUCGAUGCAGAAGAGCGCAGAAUCACAGGAAAUCCUUCUCUUCAGGGCAAAAAAGACGCUGUCAAUGAUGUGACUGUCACGGCUCGUGAUAGUGACUCUGAAGUAUCUUCAACAUUUCAACUGACUACUAUUUCAGCACCCCCACCCAAAUUAAGUGUCCCUUUGCAGGAACAGCUUCCCCAGGCAGCAUCGAUGGGCUCAGGAAACAUGUUAGCCAAUAAAGUCCUCCAUAUGCCAUUGGGGUGGUCGUUCAGUAUUGGAUUCUUGGGAGACACGUACUUGUUACCUGAUAACGAUCGUGUGUAUUAUUCGUCACGUCUCGUGGGUGGCAAGCCACUACCUGACUGGCUCAGGUUCAGUCCCGAUGAGAUUACUUUUUCAGGUAUAGCGCCCACCGAGGCUGGCAAGAAUGGUACAUUGUUCGAUAUCGAGUUGAUUGCCUCUAAUCGCAAGAAUGCAGGUGGGCCGUCCAGUACAUUUUCCCUUUUGCUGGGUCAAGGUUUUGUGACACUAAACAACACCGCAGCAGCAUUGCCAUUGGGUAACCUUACUGAAGGUGAAGCAUUUCAGUACCAUAUUUCUCCAAACUUAUUUCUGCUCGACGGAUUCUCACAAAGUCCGCAAGAUUUCAAGUUUAAGCUAGAUGCUCACGCGCCCAAAUGGCUUAGGCUGGAUCAAGAUUCGCAUAAUUUAAUCGGAAAGGCGCCUGUGUUGAAGGAUCAUACCCAGGCACAGCAGACUUCAUUUCAGCUGCAUGUGUCACAUCCUAAGGCGUUCGACACUGAUGUCAAUGUUACAUUAGACGUGUUCCCUUCUCCAUUUAAACAGCAAGUUCUCCCAAAUGUGACUGUACAGACUGGAAAGGACUUUCAAAUUUCACUUGAGAAGUACAUGAAUGAUCCCAAGUCGGGCGUGAACGUCACCUUUGAAUCGAGCAUGCUUCGUCGAUCGAUGCACUUUUAUCGCUCUCAGCUCAGGCACAAACUAUUGCGACGCGCCUCUCCCAGCUGGAUCCAUUAUGAUGAAAAAUCGUACUCACUUGUGGGUCAAGCGCCUGAUCAAGAGAAAAACGUCACUGUGCAUGUGUCAGCUACGAGCCCAGUGAAAGAUGCUCCCGUAUCGCCCGUUUCAAAGACAUUCCAGCUGUCAGUUCUUAACACGACGCAUGUUACUCCUACAGAGCCAGGUCAACAUCAUUCCGGCCUUUCAGGGGGAGAAAAAGGUGCCAUUGCUGGCUCGAUUCUGGGUGCGGCGUUGUUAGCUUUGCUAGGAGCGAGUGGAUAUUGGGCUUGGAAACGCUCUGAGAACAAAGAAUUGGACUCAAAGACGCCGGCGUCGACUUUAGGGAAUGAUACAAGCAUGUUUGAGAUGCCAUCGGCCAAUGAAGCUCAUCUCUCAUCGCAGCCUACAAAUCUAGCUGGUUUGGGCGCAGAUGCUCACAUGCCCAGCGUCCCAGAGGCAGCCAGUAUGUCAGGGGUUGCUGGGGGAGGAAUGGCUACUGGUGCCUUUGCUGGCGCAGCUGGUGUCGGUGCAGCUCCUUUUCAUUCGCCGCACACCGCUGAGACGGCUCACAUAUUGCCUACGGAACAGCCGUACGCAUCCACACAGGAAUCCGAAGUGGCAUCGUCGAGACAAGACUCAUCACCCACAUCCGGGCAUCGAGGCGUCACUCAGGAGUUACCGUAUCAGGAACCCGAAUGGCAACGCGAGGAUGAUUCCAUCGUUGUCACGCCAUUCCUUGCCCAAUCGACGUGGCAGCCACCCUCCUUUACUCAAAUUUGGGCAACUUCGUCCAAAGAGCAGAGAAACAUGGACUCUUUUGCUUACCCAGAAGAAGAGACGUCGCCAUCACCCGGGCCUAUUCGUCAGCCUUCGAUGUCUAGCAUGCCACGGGGUCCCACUUCUACCACGCUACGGACAGGCAGACGCGAAGCAAGCCAUACCUCUAUGCAACCACCACGGGAUGCGUCACUGUCUCAAGCUUUGAUUCAGUAUAAAUCUACUUCGAACAACGCACCACUAAUGGAAGAAAAAGACUCUGUCGACACUGCUAGAUCCGGAUCAUCCCCCCCUGCCUUGUCAUCACACGCUCGGGAUGCCUCUUUUGGAUCAGAUCCCGAUACCCAUACGAAUCUCAAGCCCAUGGAUAUCCCAGCAUCGAUCAGUAAGCAGUCUCAAGAGAGUUGGGAAGAGAACCUGUGGUAUGACAAACCCACACCACCGUCUAAGCGAACGUCAGCUGCCUCGGCCAGGACGCAGGGCUCACAAGUCCCUGACAAAGAAGUAGGUGCUGGUCAUGUCUCCACGGGGCCCUCAGAACCUUUGAAGACCGCAGAGCGUGCACAUACCAUCAAGCGCGCCAAAUCUACCACAUCGAGCACAAAGUCGCCAACCACGUCACCCCCCCUGGAUUCAUCCGCAUGGGAAAGUGCUCCGCAACUGGCACCUAUUGCGACAUCGGUUGUGCGCUCGCCUAUCGUUCCAGGGCUGGGCGACCCGCCUCAGCUCUCUGUCCCUCUAAGAGUCGGUCAAAUGUCGCCACUCGAUACAUUUUCCGAACUCCCAACACAGCCUAUGCAGGUGCGUGAGACAAAGCAUGUUCCCUCCUACACGCCACACCUCGAAGCUGGUGCCUUUGAUCGACGGAGUCUAACUUUGGAGCCCGAGCAACUUGAGUCGGCUGGCAUCUAUGAUGACGCGGAUGAACCAGUGCUGGAUCCAUUCGCGGAUUAUGACCAAUACCCUGACGGCACGAUACUAUUCCAAGGCAGGCCAUCUACUUCACCUGUGGCAGAGACAGAGUCCACUGACCAUCUGCACGACUACCUCACGACAGAAGGCGGCAUGUACUCGAUCAUGGAAGAUGAUGAAAGCGCUGUGGAUGAAGGGGCUGCCGAAGCGGUCGCGGAUUGGAGCCAGCCACCACGAUCUAGCACGUUGGCUUCGCUCCAUAUGGCUCGUGCUCGCUCGGUUACCUUCACACCUGCCAAACCCCCGCGUCUGCAAUUAGCGAGCUGCCGACCCGGGCAACUAGUCUCACUGCCUCUUCUUACAUCGGACGCAUCUUUCCCUCGCCACUUGGCCGAUGCCAUUCAUGAGGCUUCUUCACCUGCCCAGUAUACUGUACAAUUGUACGCGCCUACGCGUCCUGAUCUUCACGGCACAUGGCCGUCAUGGCUCGAGUGGCUCGAGUGGGAAGCCGCGUCGCAGGAACUGACAGGUACUGUUCCUGAAAGCUGGCCUAGUGAGCUGCGGCUGCCUCUUCAACUCCCCAUUCAUAUUUUGUUGUCGAACGGUGCCCAGAUUCUUGCGGAAAGCGGCGUGUCGAGGCGCAACAUGCCUGAGCCAGGCUCGCCCUUCCUAGUGGCUCGAAUUCUCUUGACCAUUUUACCUGCUGCUGAAGCCAACAGUCCCCGACCUGUGUCUUGA